AUGGGGCAGUCUGUGUCUAAGAGGAGACCACCUUCUCCGGCACCCACCUGUGUCUCUAUGAGGAGUGACCAGUCCAUGGGUCGCCCCAUUGAAUUUAAAGGAGGAGACUCUUCACCUCAACUACAGCAACUUGAUCAUGUGCAAGAAAUGCAGCAAAUCCACAAGUCUCAUCUGCAGAAGAGGUUUCAGUGUCUGAUUGAGGGCAGCAUAGAGCAGGGAAACUCCACAGAACUGAAUAAGGUCUACACAGAUCUCUACAUCACAGAGGGGGGGAGGGGAGAGGUCAAUGAUGAACAUGAGGUCAGACAGCUAGAGGGAGCAUCCUGGAGAGAAGAGAAAUCAAUCAAAUGCAGUGACCUCUUUAAACCCGGAUCUGGAAAAGACAUAUCCAUCAGAUCAGUGCUGACUAAGGGAGUGGCUGGCAUUGGUAAAACGGUCUCUGUGCAGAAGUUUAUUCUGGACUGGGCUGAAGGGAAAGCCAAUCAGGAUGUCCACUUCAUAUUUCCUUUUCUUUUCCGGGAGCUGAACCUGAUGAAGGAGAAGAAACUCAGUCUGGUGGGUCUUAUCCAGCACUUUUACCCAGAGAUAAAAACAGAAGAAAUACUCACCAGUUCAGAGCACAAGGUGAUGUUCAUCUUUGAUGGUCUGGAUGAGUGUCGACUUCCUCUAAAAUUUAGACACUCAAAGUGUUGUGAUGUGGCAGAGCAGGUUUCAGUCGACAUGUUGCUGACAAACCUCAUCCAGGGAAAUCUGCUUCCCUCUACUCUCCUCUGGAUCACCACUCGACCAGCAGCAGCCAGUCAGAUCCUUUAUGAGUGUGUGGACCAGGUGACAGAAAUAAGGGGAUUCAACAAUCCACAGAAGGAGGAGUACUUUGGGAAGAGAAUCAGUGAUGAGAAUCUGGCCAGCAGAGUCAUCAGACACCUGAAGGCAUCCAGGAGCCUCUACAUCAUGUGCCACAUUCCGGUUUUCUGCUGGAUUGCAGCCAUUGUAGUAGAGAGAACAUCAGAAGAAUCAGACAAAGCUGAAAUGCCAAGGACCAUGACUGAAAUGUACACUCACUUUCUCAUCAUUCAGACCAGCAUUAAAAAGAGGAAAUACACAGAGAGAACAGAGACCGAAGAAGAGAUCAUUUUAAAACUGGGGAAACUGGCAUUUCAGCAGCUGGAGAAGGGUAAUCUGAUCUUCUAUGAAAGAGACCUGAAAGAGGCUGGCAUUGAUGUCACCGAAGCGUCAGUGUACUCAGGAGUGUGUACUCAGAUUUUUAGAGAGGAGAUGGAUGUUUACCAGUCGAGGGUGUUCAGCUUUUUGCAUCUGAGCAUCCAGGAGUUCCUGGCAGCAUUAUAUGUGUUUCUCUGCUUCAGCAACCGGCAGAGAAACAAGUAUGACCAACAAUCCUCUCUGCUCUCUGCUCUCCUAAGAGCUGCAACACUUAAUGAACUGCACAAGACUGCAGUGGAUAUGGCCUCACGGAGUAAGAAUGGACACCUGGAUCUUUUCCUGCGCUUCCUUCUGGGCCUCUCACUGGAAUCCAAUCAGAAACUCUUAAAACACCUGCUGCCAAAGACCAGUAGCCAAUCACAGAGCUCAAAGCAGACAAUACAGUUUGUCAAAGAGAAAAUCAGAGGUAAGAGCAGGUCAGACAGAUGGUCAGGCAAAAAUGUCAACCUGUUCUACUGUCUGAAUGAGCUGAAUCAACAUGCUGUAGUGGAGCACAUUGACAGGGAGGAAGGAAAGCUGCAUGUAGAGAUGCUCUUACCUGGGCAGUGGGAAACGAAGGCAUUUGGACUUGAGAUGUCAAUAGAGCAGCUGGACGAGUUUGACCUUCAGAAAUACAUAAAGACACCAGAGGAAGACCAGACUGAACUCCUCAGCCCAAAUGAUGUUCUUCAGAAGCUGGUGCCAUUGGUCACAACAUCCACAGGGGCAACGCUGAUACUCAUUCGCUGCAAUGCACAGAGCUCUCGAGGAGCAGUGAAGCCGAGGAGGAGGCAGAGCCAGAGACAACAAGGGGGAGGGGGAGGAGCAGUGGGGCACGAGGCUCUGCUAGCGUCUUUUGCUCUACAGGUGUAG